AGCGUGACAGAGAAUGGAACAGAGGGCGACAGAGAGCGCGACAGAGAGAGAGAGAGAGCGACAGAGAGAGAGAGAGAGCGCGACAGAGAGGAGAGAGAGCGUGACAGAGAGCGAGAGAGAGCGCGACAGAGAGUGAGAGAGAGCGUGACAGAGAGU